AUGGCUGCUGAAGGUGGUGAAGGAGAAACUCAACAAAAAGAAGAAACUAAAAGACAUACCUAUCCACUUAUUCGUACAAGUGAUAUGAAUGAAGAAAUAAAAACUGAAUGUAUGGAAUUAUGUGUAACAGCAUGUGAAAAAUUUUCUCAAAAUAAUGAAAAUGCUGCAAGAAUGAUUAAAGAAACAAUGGAUAAAAAGUUUGGUCCUACUUGGCAAGUUAUUGUAGGUGAAGGAUAUGGAUUUUUUAUUGAACAUCAAGUUAAAUCACUUUUAUAUAUGUUUUUUGGUGGUACUACAGCCAUCAUUGUAUGGAAAUGUGCUUAA